AUGGGAAUGUACAGUCAUAUGUGGUGGGAUUGUCCGUUAGUUAAUGAAUUUUGGAAACAGAUUGGUAUAGAAAUAUCGGGAAUUCUGGGUAGGAAGGUGGGAAUAUAUAAAUUAAUGGUUCUUAUUAGUCUGAGUUGCACCAAGUUAAAAACAAAAGAGGAAUGUAAAUGGGUAAAAUGGAUGGUAACUGCAGCCAGACAGGUUAUAGUGAGUAAUUGGAAAAAUGCAGAAGAGUUAGGGGUGAACCAAAGGAGGAAAAAACUGAAUCAUAUUAUAAUUUUACAAUAUCUAACCGUGAAGAUACACAGAAUGAAAGGGUUUAAGGUCAGUGAGAAAGAGGAGGAUUGGUUUGAGAAGAUAUUGAAUUAUUUGGGUACGUCUGAACAAUUUGGGGCAAUUAAAAUGUUAAAAGUCCAAUAA